AUGGAUAGCGCCUCCAAACAGAAGGUGAUGGACUGGCUCGCGGACUCGAGUGACGAAGACGAAGACCCGGCGACGCCCGACGCGGCGCCCGCGGCGCAGUUCUCGAUCACCUCGCCGUCGGACGCCGCGCCGUCGGAGGCCGCGCCGUCGGCGCCGCCGACGCCCGCCGUCGAGCCGCCCGCCGCCGCGCCGUCGGUGCCGGAACCGGCGCCCGCACCGCCGCCGGCGCCAGCGCCCGUAGCGCCGGCGCCACCGACGCCGGCCGUUGAGCCGCCCGCAGCCGAGCCUGCGCCGGAACCGGCGCCCGCACCGCCGCCGGCGCCAGCGCCCGAGCCCGCUGUGGCACCGGCGCCCGCGCCUGUGGUACCGGCGCCCGAGCCACCGCGCCCGGCCACGCCCGAGCCGCCAGCGCCGGCGCCGGUGCCCGCGGCGACGCCGCCGCCCGCCGCGCCGGCCGCCGUCAUCUCGCCCGAGGCUGCGAACCCGCCUGCGCCGGCGGUCGUCUCGCCGACGGCCACGCCCGCCGCGCCGCCCGCGCCGGCGCCCGCGGCGGCCGCACCGACAGCGAUCGACUUCCUCUCGUCGGUGGCGGCCGCGCCCGCGCCGGCGGCACCGGCCCCGGACACCGACCUGCUCUCGAUGGAACCCGCAUCGGCGGCGCCGCUGGCCGACGUCGACCUCCUCUCCAUGGAGCCGGCGGCACCGGCGCCAGCGGCCGACGUCGACCUCCUCUCCAUGGAGCCGGCGCCGGCAGAAGCACCGACGGAGAGCGUGGACCUCCUCUCGAUGGAGCCGGCACCUACGCCGCCGCCGCGGAGCCCGGAAGCGGCGUCGGCGGCGUCCGUGCUAGCGGAGGUCGACGAGCUCCUCGCCGCGGAGCCAGCGCCUGCCGCGGAGCCGCCGCGGCCGUCGACGCCGGAACCGACGGUGCCCGCGGAGCCCGCGUUCUACACCUCGCCGGCGCCCGAACCGGCCGCGAGCACCAAGGAGCGCACGCCCGCCGGCGCACGCGUCGUCACGAUGGCGAGCGGCUCGAGCGCGACCGCGCCGCCGCCGCCGGAGCCCGAGGACCCCGCCGCGGCGCUCGCGGACGUGAGCCUCCGGAACUCGCCCGUGCCGCCCGAGGGCGUGUCGCCCCAGUUUUCUUCAUUGGAUACGCUCCAGACGCCCCCGACGUCGCCCGUCGAGCUCCAGAUGCCGCCGAGCGUGCCAUCGACGGAGCUCAUGAGCGGCCAGCUGUCGGACGAGCUCGACCACGCGCCGCCGCCGCCGGCCGUGAAGGAGACGACGAUGCAGCGCAUGAAGCGCCUCGCCGCCGAGGCCAAGGCGACGGCCGCGGCGCGCUUCGCCUCGAAGCCCUCCUCCAAGCCCGCGGGCCCCAAGGCGUCCGAGCGCUUCCGCGCGGCCGCCAUGGACUUCCACCGCCGCGCGUCCGAGUCCAUGGCGGCGCUGCGCGAGAAGAAGAAGGCGCCCGAGAAGCCCGUUCAAAGGAAGCCCGCCUUCGCGUCGCCCGUGGCGACGGACCCCGCGUCGCCUUCGGCCAAUUGUUUUUCCAUCGGUGAUGAUGAAGAGGGCGACGAGCUCGACUACCAGUCGCCGCAAUCGACACCGCCGCGGCCGAAGAAGGAGCCCGUGCCUCUGACGGCCGCGGAGCAGGAGUCGCUGGCGCUGGCGCAGCAUAGAAUUGCGGGGCUGACCAAGGGCGACGAGGUCAUCUUCGACGCGGACCACCUGCCUGAUACCAUACUAUUUAUGGCCAUCAAGCUGAAACCGAACAAGACGGCCGCGAAGUUCGGCCUCUCGUCGGUCGCGGAGCGGAAGCUGCUGCGCUGCGUCGGCGUGAACCGGGAACGGCUCCUCGUCUUCGACACGUUCGGCGAGACGGUCAAGCUCGGGUCGAAGGGGCGCGUCAAGUCGAACCACCACCUCACGGAGCUCGUGAAGCUGACCUUUCCUAGAGCGCGCGAGCGCGACGUCGUCGCUUUGCACAUCCGGGCCGGUAUGGCGGGCGCCGACGAUCUAGCGCUGAAGGCGAACGUGUACAAGGUGCCGCGCGCGGAGUCGAUGAUCGCCAAGCUCCAGGAGCGGCUGGCGAAGUUUCGUUAAUGAUUGGUUUCUUA